AUGGGGAGAAUUAAGAAGGUAGCCAGCCAAAAGCAUGAGGCUACAAUCUCACCUUUUUUACAAGAAUUCAUCGGACGCGCUACGAGUGUUCCCGUUCCAGAGCUCCCGUCGCUCCUCAGCACAUUCCCCAAGCUAUGGCCGUUCCCGCGCGGUGAUCUUUACCACUGGAUCAAUGUCUUGGAUCGGUUCGAUGAGGUUUUAGCCUCGGUCGUCGAGAAAUACUUUCUCAAUACCGGCCCUCAGACUCACUUAUUUACCCGAAGCGUUCUGGAGGAAUCAUACUCAGCCGAAGAAAGCAAAAAGCCCGCAGAGGGUGUGGACGCCAAGCUGAAUGCUCUGGGAUAUGGCCCUGAUGGAGACAAAGAGCUUGUGGAAGCGAUUCUGGAUUUCUCUCGUCUUUUGCUCGAGAAAUGUGGCAACCGCAGCCUGUACAGCAGCAGUGAUCGCCUUGGCGACUUGCUGAACACUACCUCACUGUCUCUGCUCCAGUCUACUUUGCGUCUGGCCCUUUGCUUGGCUCAACGGUACCACUCUCGUCAGCGUGGCGCUCACCAACAGUCCGUAUUGCAAUCUCACUAUGCCCUUGACCUAGAGAAACUGCAAAAAAUCGCAGCACCAUUCCCGCGCCCUGUUAUUGCCAGUAAAGCUCCGUUUGCUGCUUCCCCAGCCGUUUCCAACAAGGGGAAGGACAAGACAGUCCAGACUAAAAUCAAUGCCAAUGAACUCGUCUCCCUUGUGCGUGACAGUGACGGGUGGGAGGAAUGGGGCGAUGUUCGCGUUUUGUAUUACCCCUCUGGCCCCGAACAGGCCAGAACGACCUCCGAAUAUGCUCAGAUUGAGCAGGCCUCACAUGUCCCAACCACUCCGACCCCAUUGCGACGAACUGCAACCUACCCUGCUCCUCAUCUGAGUCGCGGCUCGAAUGUGGAUGAUUCACCAGCUGCAACUCCUUCCAAGGUCGAGGAGGCCUCGCGAGGCGGCAAAGUCUUGGAAAUCCCUUAUUCGAAGGUUUCCUCUGCAAAGUUGGAGGAUCUACUUGAAGCCAACUUGCCCCAUCUCCCCCUCGAAUCAAAAUAUGAGCUGCUCCACAAACUCCGAAUUGCCAAAGCGUUGACCGAUUCGCGUGCCACGCGUGAACAGAUCCUUUCCAUCAAGGCGCUGGCAGUCACCAACUUGGCCCAUGUUCAGCCGGAAAGCUCAUUCCAACAAAAAGUCCUUCAGUCUGACCUGGAGCAGCCGAAGCGUCUCCAGCUUGCGUACCAACUUGCUGAGUUAGUUCACCUCGGCGCCAGUGGUGAUCUUGAGGUCUCUCGAUCAGUUCAGACCUUUGCCCUCCAAACCCUGGAUGCGUUGACCAAACACAAGUCUCGAGCCGUUGAUGUUUGUGCAGCUCUCAGCGUCAACGUUAACCAUGGUGUUCUCAUGUUCCUGACCCGUAAAAUGGUUAAUGAACUAGGCACAGAUAACGAUGAUCUGGAUGAUGCUUACGACGAUGAGUGGCGGGAUGGUUUGCUCGCACUCCUGCGCACCCUCCCAAGCUCGAGCACGCGUACACCAGAAACUCUGGUUGCGGCUGGUUUGAUCCCCAUGUUUGUUGAUAUUCUGAACCUGCGGACCGAUAAAUCUCGCCGAGUUUAUUCCCGUAUAAUGGAGUUCCUUGACACAUUUGUGCAUGCGGUUCGGGAUGCUCUAGGAACACUGACAGCCGCGAAGGGAUUUGACGCUAUGUCGGACCUGAUCGACUACGAGACAAAGACCGCUUUCGAGAAAGUUAACCGUGGAGAUGGAUUUCCUGCGCAAUACAAGAAUCCGUCCGUCGACUAUCAAAUUCCCUACUUCCAACAGCAGACCCUGCGCUGGAUGUUCCGCUUCGUUAACCACAUCAUGCAGCACAACGGUGGAGGCUUCGAUCGUGUGCUACGUAACUUGAUUGAUUCACCUCAGUUGCUGACUUCCCUCCGCCUUGUGUUCGAAAAUGCCCGGGUGUUUGGUUCGCAUGUUUGGAGCAAUGCUAUCAACAUCCUCAGCAGUUUCAUCCACAAUGAACCUACAAGUUACGCCGUCAUCGCCGAGGCUGGUUUAAGUAAGAGCCUUCUUGCUGCCGUUAUGGGCCGUGAGCUACAGGUUUCGGAGAAGCCACCAGCAGUGGAGCCUGCAGGCGCUGAAGUGGAAGGUGAACAUGCAACCCAUCCGCCCUCCGCUGAAGCUGCCGCUCAGUCCGAGGAAAAGCAAAAGGACCGUGAGUACGCUUUAAUCAGAGCCAAGGACACUCCUCUUGCACCUGGUAUCAUGCCCGCAGGUGAUGCUCUUGCUUGUAUUCCUUCUGCCUUUGGGGCCAUUUGCUUGAACUCCUCUGGUCUGGAUCUUUUCCAGUCCUCUGAUGCACUGGAAAGCUUUUUCGAGAUCUUUGAGAACCCAGAACACGUCAAAUGCCUGAAGGAUGACCCUGAACUGGUUCGCUCUUUGGGUACAACAUUUGAUGAGCUUGUGCGCCACCACCCGGCAUUGAAGACCUCCAUCAUGUCCGCCGUGCUUGUCAUGGCUGCCCGUGUGAACAUUCUGGGUCGGGUCAAGGCUUGGGAACAAGGUAUGGGCACAAAAUUGUGGACACAAGAUGGCGAUGGUAAAACCAGUCUCUCGGGAGAUAUCUUUUCUUUGUUCCGCGAAAUCGGCACAGAUAUCAAUGCUCCCGCGGACAACCCUGCGUCGCUUGGUGUACCACAACUUAAUGUGAACACCACUCUACCGAAUGGUGCGAAGCUUGUUGUUGGUCACCUGGACCAUGUUCUUCCUGGCCCUGGCCCCGACUUUGAGCCGAAGGAUAAGGAUGAUCACGGACUAACUGCCACGGACUACUUGUUCCCAGCUCUCCGCUUCUUGGGCGCCUUCUUCGAGAACCAGACGAACUGCACUUCUCUCAUCCAAGCUGGAGGUGCAGAGUUCUUGUUGGAUCUCGCAACGCUACAAAGCUUGUCCUUUGAUUUCCACAGCACCAACGCCAAUCAAGAGAUCACCGUACUUGUUCAUAUGCUUGCGGAAACAAAGCCUCACCUCAUUGUUCCGUCUCUAGUAAAGCGCGCUCAAGACGCAUUGAACAAUCUCUCGCCCUUUUUCAAGGCACCCACCGGGACAGGCUUCUUUACGGAGUUGAUCAAGCCAGUGGACUCGAAACAGCCAGCUACGGAGUCUACGGUUGCUGCUCAGUGUGGCACAUUCUUCGUGAGGCACCUAAACGCAGUUCUUCUCCUCACCGAUGUCCUUCGUGAAGUUUUCGCUAUGCCAUUGUACCAAACUCGACCUGGUCAAUCAACCUCUAUAUUUGGUCAAGUCAACCUCGCAGAUCAAUACUGCACUUUGAUCGAGUCACUAACCAACCUCCUCGCUUCGUGCGUGUGGGAAGGUAUUUUACUGGAGAAGAACAUCCCCGAGAAAUGGCUGAAAGCUACACAGGCCUCCGCUGAAAAGCACGGCCCUGGAAAAUCAAAGAAUACUCCCGCCUCGGGAGCCCCCCAGGAGCCUUCAGCUACCGGUGCUGAAACUCAAGGGGAAGGCUCUGGCGCACCAGUCUCGGAUCAGGUUCAAUCAGAACAAGAAUCAAAGGACGAUGGCAGCCCUGUAGAUGAGCAGAACCCUGCUUUCAAGAAUGCUCGCACCCUUCGCUAUCUCUUGAGCGCUCUUCCAACCUCGAUAACUGGAUUCUUGCACAAUCUUGGCCUCGGUAUUAUUGGCAAGAGACGCAUGGAUCCGCUCCAGAAGCAGAAGCAGAAUGCUAGCUUAGUGGCAGAUGCUAUUGCUGAAGGUAUUCUUCGGCAAUUGCAAUUCAACCCUGCCAACUCGAGUGAUAGUCCCAAGCACCGCUUCGCCUAUCUGAUUGUGGUCCUUUCUCACUUCUCGCAUCUUCUUUACGAGGUUUCACCAGAGCGCCCUAAUGCGAACUACUUGACUUCCGUUCUCGUUGCAUUCAAAAAACUCAAUGGUCUCAAGGUGCUGAAAGACACAUGUGAUGUCUUCCUGAAUGAUAUCAAAUCUCUUCCGCCUGCAGAUUCCAUCCCCGACCAGGAUAAAGAACUUGCUGAUCGGCUUGCAUCGGGCUAUGGAGGAAUCAAAAUUAUUCUUGGCCUGUUUGCAGACCUCACGGCGGGAAAAUUCAUUGUGGACUCGAGUCAAACACAGGCGUUGACCUCUCACCAAGAACGCGACCGCGACCGCUCUGAUUAUUUCCAGCCUGGUCAAUUCUUGGUGGAGCUCCGAAUGGAGAUCUUGCCCAUGGCUCAAGACAUGUGGAAUUCUGACUUUGCCACUCAAUCCUCGAGUACCAUUGUCAGAUUGUUGAUUGAUAUUCUGCGAUGCUCCCUGGAUGGCGAAUAUGAGACCGGCGCCGCUAGGCAAUCGGACACUCCACCUCUCUUGCAAGACACGCCCAAGAAACCAUUUGUCGUUCACAAGGAACGAGCAACUGCUUUGCUUGAGAAGGGAUUCAAAGAUGUUGAUCUCAACAAAGAAGCCCUUUAUCGAUGCAACAAUGUCUUGAAUGCAGCCGAGGAAUAUUGCAAAGCGCAGCAGUGGCUGCGGGCUCCUCCCCGUGCUCCCCCGCUUGUCAAUGAUCUCCAGACUGGAGUGCCCGAGCUUGCUUCUGGCAUAGACUCUCUCGAAGACCCUGCUAUGGAGGGUACUCCCUUCGUCAACACCAAUACCGGUCUCUUAGAUCGCAACACGUUGGCAAUGCUUUUGGCUUCGGCCUCGGGACAUCCCAUGAACCAGGCGAUGCAAUCAACCCUCAGCGGAGGGGACGGAGACUCUGAUAUGCAUGAUGGCUUGGCUCGAGCUUUAGACAAUGUCUUGAACGACAACGAGGAUAUGGACAGCGAUGAUCGAAGCGAUUCAUUGAACCAAUCCCAGCCUGACAACCGCAAUAUCGGGUCAAGCUCUUCCGAUUCUACCAGACUGCCCCAGGGAGAAUCCGCCAGACGCCGUGAGAUGGUCACAGUGGAAGACCUAGACAACAAGAGGGCAAGCAUCCGGGAAAACCUAAUUGAGCGUGCCUUGGACAUCCUGAACGAACACCACGAUGUCUCUUUCGAGUUGUCUGACUUGAUUUCUUCGGCAAUCAAAAAGCAUCAUGAGCCAGAGAUCUUCCGUCAUGAGGUUGGAGAGACUCUCGUCCAAUCGCUGGUUUCUUUGCAAAUGGAAAACUUCCAGACAGCCGGCAAAAAGAUUGCCGCUUAUGCCCAUAUCCUCGCGUUGACCCUUCAGGAUCGCGACAUGUAUGUUGCAACCCUUGAAGAGCUUAAAAGUUGCUUCUCGACUUUCCUUGGAUUCAUCAAGUUGCCAACACCCGAAAAGGCGGACCAAGAAACCUUCCCUUGGGUUGGACAUGUCCUGCUCAUUCUCGAGAAGCUGCUGUCAGAUGAUUGUCAGCCACCUCAAAUUGCAUGGACUCCACCAAGUCUCGACGAUCCCACUCUUGAUGUUGAAGAGCCAGCCCGUCUCGAAGACCCCCUUGUCUCUCUGGACGAGAAGACCCAGCUUUUCGAAGCGCUGGUAGAGAUUCUACCCAGAGUGGGCAAGGAUGAUAUUUUAGCGCUUUCUAUGUGCCGUGUUCUUGUCAUCCUCACCCGUGAGCGUAGUAUUGCGGCUCGAUUCGGUGAAAAGCGCAACCUCCAACGUCUAUUUGUGAUGGUAAAGCAACUUUCCAGUGCUACCAAUGACAAGCUGCAGAGCGCUUUCAUGCUGAUUCUCCGUCAUAUCGUCGAGGAUGAAGCUACUAUUCGGCAGAUCAUGAGAAGCGAAAUUGUUGCCAGCUUUGAGUCCAAGACCACUCGCCAAAUUGAUACUACAGGCUACGUCCGGCAGAUGUACCACCUUGUGCUCAGAGCCCCUGAUAUUUUCGUGGAAGUAACCAAUGAAAAGCUCCGCCUGCUCAGAUAUGAUACCCAUCAACGUCCCCAAGUUCUUGGCCUGAAGGCGGACAAAGAUCGCCAAGCUCGACGCGCAGCAAAGCCUGAAGUUGUUAUGGAUGACAACAAACCGGAAUCAUCUGCCGCAGCCGAUGCACCUGCUGCAGCCGACGCACUUUCCGAUGAUAAAGAAGCGAACAAAGAUGACAAGAACAAGGCCCAAUCCAAGGCUGCUGAGCUGAAAGCACCAAUCGUCGAGAAUCCGGAUGGUGUCAUUCAUUAUCUGCUUUCAGAACUUCUGUCCUACAAGGAUGUGGAAGACAAGGAAUCUGUACCCGAGUCUUCAGAGCAGACAGCGGAUCAAUCUGAUACACAAACUGAUGUUGAAAUGACUGUGGACGAGCCUGCUCCUUCGGUUUCGACCACUGCCGAUGCCCAAGGUGCCCGCAAUUCCAAAAAGACAGAGAAGCCCCAAUUUAAAGCAGACGACCAUCCCAUCUACAUCUAUCGCUGCCUAAUUCUUCAGUGCCUGACAGAACUCCUUUCCUCUUACAAUCGAACCAAGGUCGAGUUCAUCAACUUCUCCCGCAAGGCUGAUCCUCUUGCCACCACACCCUCCAAGCCACGAUCAGGUGUUCUUAACUAUAUGUUGAACGUUCUUGUUCCUCUUGGAACCAUGGAACAUGAUGAGACUUUGGUGUUCAAGAAACGAAGUAUCACUUCCACAUGGACCAUGCAAGUGCUUGUUGCCCUUUGCACCAAGACUGGUGAGUUUGGUGGUGUUGGCAGACGUCGCACCGAGCCGAAGUAUGAGGAGGAUGAGCCUGAGCUCGCAUUUGUCCGCCGAUUCGUGCUGGAGCAUGCCCUUCGAACUUACAAGGAUGCCAUGGCCUCCACCGAGCCUCUGGAUGCCAAAUAUUCUAAGCUCAUGUCUCUUGCCGACUUGUUCGAUAAAAUGCUCAGUGGGUAUUCAUUCAGCAACGACGCUGGCUUCCCAACAUCGACCAGACAGCUUGCAAAGGCCAUGUUUGAAAAGCAUUUCAUUCCUACAUUAACUUCUUCGGUCGCCGAUGUCGACCUGAACUUCCCGUCAUCCAAGCGGGUCAUCAAGUACAUUCUUCGUCCAUUGAACAAGCUUACGCAGACUGCCGUAAUUCUCAGCCAAAACUCGGACAUUUCCUCACCAGGCGAUAACGAUGACGAUGAGAUCUCAUCGGCAACCUCGGUUUCAGAUAUGGAAGAUGAACGCGAAGAAACUCCUGAUCUCUUCCGUCAUUCUACUCUUGGUAUGCUGGAACCUCGCCACGACGAGGAAGAAAGUAGCACUGAAGAAUCGGAGGGCGAGGACGAUGAAAUGUACGAGGAUGAAUAUGAUGAAGAAAUGUACGAUGAUGAAGAUGUUGCUGAAGAUGAUGGUGAGGUCGUUAGUGACGAUGAUGAGGACGGCAUGGGUCCCAUUGAAGGCCUUUCUGGCGAUGCAGUUGAAGUCAUUCUCGACGAAGAUGAAGAAGAAGACGACGAUGAGGAUGAUGACGAUCACGAUCAUCUGGACAUGGAUGAUGACAUGUAUUCUGGAGAAAUCGGUGGUGAUCGUGACAAUGAAAGCCUCGAAGACGGCGAAGAUGAGUGGGAGAGCGAAGAAAUGACCGAGGAUGAAGAGGAGGUCGAGAUGAUGAACCAGUUCGAAGAUGAAAUGGCAGACAUCAGACAAACUAGCCGCCACCACGGCGAUGACCACCGCAUCGGUGAUCUCUUCCGAGCCCUCGGGGACCCCUCUGGGGGCGUCGACCUCCAUGGUGAUGCCCUCGGGGGUGACAUUCAUGAAGAAAUCCUUGAUGAUCUGGAUGAAGAUGGUUUGUCCUUCAUAAACCUAUUCCGGCGCCUCCCGUUGCCUGCGCUAACCCCCAAUCCAGUUGACGACGAUGACGAAAUGGAUGAGCUUGAAGAGGACAUGGAUGACUUUGAUGAGCAAGGAUCUUAUGGGGACAUGGAAGGUGAGACAAAUUUGCAUGUUGAAACUCGACUAUUGCUAAUUUACUUCAAAGAUGAUGAGAUUGAACCCUGGGGAUUCGAAGGCGAGGACUCCGCUGUCAUGCCCCGUGGUCAUCCCCACUCCCGUUUCAGCCGCACCGCACCUCCGGCUUGGGCUGCUGUUACUGAAAUAAUGCCCGGUCGUCCUUCUGGUCUUGUCCCCAUUCAGCCCUACCAUCGUGUUCACCGCACCCAGCUGCCAUCGCGUGGCAACGAUGAUGGAACCAAUCCUCUUUUGCUUCGUACUGAUCGCCCAGACGCUGCUGCUGCUCCUCCACGUGGAGUUGCUGCCGACCCCUUUGCCGAUUGGGGCCAGGCCAUUGAUCCCACCAAUGGUGGCCGAGUUAUCGCAAUGGAUAGCCCUAUUAGCUUCAUGAACGCUAUUAUGCAAGCUAUCGGCGGGCAGGCUUCCCCAGGAUUUGGCGUUGUCACCCGCCCUGACGGUAUUCAUGUCCAUGUUGAUCGACGUGCAGUCCUGCCUGGUCGUAUUCAGGACAUGCUUGGAAUCCCUCGGGGAUCAGGUCCCCCAGCUCGCACCCGAGGUGAUGACCCGCAUACUGCCGUGAAGUUCGGUCUUUGCACCACCAAGAACCGCUGGCAAGAGGAGGCCCGUAUUCUUUACAGUAGCCUCUAUGUUGAACGUACUCAGCGCAUUCUCAACUCCCUGCUCAAGGUCUUGGUUCCUCCUGCCAUGGAAGAGGAAAAGCAGCGCCAGAAACAGGCUGCCGAGGAGCGUACACGCAUCCAGGCCGAACGUGCCGAGGCUGAACGUAAAGAACGCAUUGCCGCCGAGGAGAAAGAGAAAGAGCGCAAACAAAAAGAGGAGGAAGAAAAAGCCAGAAUCCAGGCAGAGAAAGAACAACAGGAUGCCGAACGUCAGGCUAGUGGAGCCGAUGAGCCCAUGGAAGAUGUCCAAGAAACUAAUACUACGUCUGAGGCUGCUGGCCCAUCAGCUCAGCCUGAAUCCGAGCCAGCCGAGCCGGCUCGUCGUGUGCACACCAAUAUCAGAGGUCGCCAAGUUGAUAUCACUGGUCUCGAAAUUGACCCAGAAUAUCUAGAAGCGCUUCCCGAGGAACUCCGAGAGGAGGUUAUUAUGCAACAGGUUGCUGAGCAACGCUCUCAAGCUGCCGCCGCCGGCGAGGAGCCUACUGAGAUCAAUCAAGAAUUCCUUGAAGCCUUGCCCGCUGAAAUCCGCGAAGAAUUGCUGCAACAGGAAGCGGCCGAUAGACGCCGACGUGAGCGUGAGACCGCCCGGCGACAGGCAGCCUCUGCUAGCGGUCCUAGCGGCGGUCCUCCUGUCCAUGCUGAAGAAAUGGAUGCCGCCAGUUUCUUGGCUACUCUUGACCCUUCUCUGCGCCAGGCUGUUCUGGCCGAUCAGCCGGAGGAUGUUCUUGCAACAUUGGGCCCAGAGUACUUGACCGAGGCUCGUGCUGUAGGCGGCACUGGCCGUCGCAUGGCCCAAUUUGGUGAUAUGAGUGCCAUUGAUCCCCGGCAGCGAACCGAGCCUCCUGGAGCCCAAGAGCCGAAGAAAGAACAGCGACGUCAAAUUGUCCAAAUGCUCGACAAAGCCGGUGUUGCAACCCUUCUUCGCCUGAUGUUCAUGCCUCUCCAUGGUAACGCCCGUCACCAAUUGAACGAUAUCCUUCACAAUGUCUGUGAGAACCGUCAAAACCGAAGCGAGGUGAUCAGCCUUCUGCUCUCGGUUUUACAAGAUGGCAGCGUUGAUUCCACUGCGAUUGAACGCAGCUUCUCCCAUCUUUCUUUGCGCGCAAAGGCACCCGGAGCACAAAAGACACCGCAGUCUAACAAGCGAAACCUAGCUCUCCAGACUGCUUCCAGCGUUAGCAGCGAAGUCACCCCCAUUAUGGUCAUCCAGCAAUGUCUCAGCACACUUUCUUUCCUGUCGCAGUUCAAUCCUCACAUCGCCUGGUUCUUCCUAACAGAACAUGACUCUUCUUCAGCCGCCAAACUAAAGGGCAUGCGCAAGGGCAAGGGUAAGGAAAACCGAGCUAACAAGUUCGCCUUGAAUGCCUUGCUUUCUCUCCUGGAUCGUAAAUUGAUCAUGGAGAGCCCCAACUGCAUGGAGCAACUGUCUAGUCUCCUUAGCAGCAUCACUCAACCAUUGACUGUUCUCCUUCGUCGUGAGAAGGAACGCCAGGAAGAGAGCAAGAAGGGUAAAAAGCCCGAGGGUGCUCCAGCCGAAGAAACUACCGAUCAGUCUGCUGAAGCUGGCGAUUCGGGCAUGGACACCUCGAUGACCGAUGCUCCACUGCCUACUGUGGAAACACCCGAAGCCCCAGGCCAAGAGAUCACAGACGACGGAGAAACUGCUUCGGAAGAAGCCAAGAAAUCCACAGACUCCAAAGAACCCGCCGAGGACGAGAAGCGCAAGAAGCGCGCCAUUGAGCCUCCCGUCGUGCCGGAUCAUAACUUCCGUCUGGUCGUUCAUAUCCUUGCUGCUCGUGAGUGCAAUGGCAAGACUUUCCGGGACACACUUUCUACUAUCAACAACCUUUCUGCUGUUCCUGGUGCUCGGGACGUUAUCGGCAAUGAACUCGUUGCGCAAGCGCAGGCUCUUAGUGAUACCAUUUUGGGCGAUUUGGAGGACCUUCUUCCCCAUAUUCACCAAGCCAAGACCGGCACCGACAUGCAAGGCCUUGCUCUGUCCAAGUUCUCUCCAGCCAGUUCUGACCAGGCUAAGCUGCUGCGUGUUUUGACAGCGCUCGAUUAUCUGUUCGACCCUACCCGGGUAGACAAGACCAAGGGCACCGAACCUGAGUCUGCCCCCAAGGAGGAUGUGCUCAAAAGACUAUAUGAGAGCGCCACUUUCGGUCCUCUGUGGACGAAGUUGAGCGACUGCCUGACUGUUAUCCGGCAAAAGGAGAACAUGCUGAACGUAGCUACUAUUCUUCUCCCUCUCGUCGAGGCAUUGAUGGUUGUCUGCAAAAACACGACCCUGAAGGACCAGCCCCUUUCUCGCGGCAGUCGUGAGCUGUCAACAACCAGCACCGCAGCUGAUGCUGGUAUCAGCAUGGAGAACCUCUUCUUCAAGUUCACCGAGGAACAUCGCAAGAUCCUCAAUGAGCUUGUCCGUCAGAAUCCCCGCCUGAUGAGCGGCACUUUCUCUCUGUUGGUCAAGAACCCCAAGGUCCUAGAAUUCGAUAACAAGCGCAACUACUUCACUCGUCGUGUCCACUCGCGUGGUGCCGAGCCUCGUCACCCCCAUCCUCCUCUGCAGCUCGCCGUCCGCAGAGCUGAAGUCUUCCUUGACUCUUUCAAGUCUUUAUAUUUCAAGAGCGCGGAUGAGCUGAAGUACGGCAAGUUGAACGUUCGAUUCCAUGGCGAAGAAGGUGUCGAUGCCGGUGGUGUGACCAGAGAAUGGUUCCAAGUCCUUGCACGAGGCAUGUUCAACCCCAACUACGCCUUGUUCAUUCCCGUUGCUGCCGACCGGACUACAUUCCACCCCAACCGUCUCAGUGGCGUCAACUCGGAGCAUCUCAUGUUCUUCAAGUUCAUUGGCCGCAUCAUCGGUAAGGCCUUGUACGAAGGCCGCGUUCUCGACUGCCACUUCAGCCGAGCAGUGUAUAAAAACAUCCUCGGACGUGCUGUGUCCAUCAAGGACAUGGAAACGCUCGACUUGGACUACUACAAGUCGCUGUUGUGGAUGCUGGAGAACGACAUUACCGACAUCAUUACAGAGACCUUUGCCAUUGAAACCGAUGCCUUCGGAGAGAAGCAGGUCAUCGACCUGAUACCUAAUGGACAUGACAUUCCUGUUACUCAGGAGAACAAGGAGGAGUAUGUUCAGCGCGUGGUCGAAUACCGCCUUGUCGAGUCUGUCCGAGAGCAGCUGGACAAUUUCCUGAAGGGUUUCCAUGAAAUCAUUCCCCCGGAUCUGAUCUCCAUUUUCAACGAGCAGGAGUUGGAACUUCUGAUUUCUGGUCUUCCUGAGAUUGAUGUUGACGAGUGGAAGAACAACACCGAAUAUCACAACUACUCCGCCUCGUCCUCACAAAUCCAAUGGUUCUGGCGUGCUGUCCGCUCAUUCGACAAGGAAGAGCGUGCCAAACUUCUACAGUUCGUUACCGGAACUAGCAAGGUUCCUCUCAACGGAUUCAAGGAACUUGAGGGUAUGAACGGUGUCAGCAAGUUCAACAUCCACCGCGACUAUGGCAAUAAGGAUCGUCUUCCUAGCUCGCACACAUGUUUCAACCAGCUUGACCUUCCCGAGUAUGAAAGUUACGAAGACCUUCGCGCACGCCUUUACACGGCCAUGACCGCUGGUAGCGAGUACUUCGGUCACCCGGAGCUUGCCAACCUUUUGACCAAGAUUAUGGUCCUGCAAUACUCCAACCAAGAGACCAGUGUAACAAUUGGUGAAAGUGUGCGCGACGAAGAUGUCUUCAUUCUGCAAUCGACGAAACCCAACGAUAUCAACGAUGGACUCAUGGAACUCCUUAUCAUGAUCAACGCUUGCAAGACUGCCUCCGCCCGCCGCAUCACUGCCGUUAUUCCCAAUUUCCCCUACGCCCGCCAGGACAAGAAGGACAAGAGCCGUGCUCCCAUCACCGCCAAGCUUAUGGCGAACAUGCUCCAGACCGCUGGCUGCAACCAUGUCAUCACUAUGGACCUUCACGCCAGUCAAAUCCAGGGAUUCUUCAAUGUCCCCGUCGACAACCUGUACGCCGAACCCAGUAUGCUCAAGUGGAUCCGUGAGAACCUCGAUGUCAGCAACUGUGUUAUUGUCAGCCCGGAUGCCGGUGGUGCUAAGCGUGCUACUGCUAUUGCCGAUCGCCUGGAUCUGCAAUUUGCUCUCAUCCACAAGGAACGCGCCCGUCCCAACGAGGUCUCGCGCAUGGUUCUUGUCGGUAAUGUCAAGGACAAGGUUGCCAUCAUCGUCGACGACAUGGCUGACACCUGCGGCACACUCGCCAAGGCCGCCGACACCGUUAUGCAGCACGGCGCACUCGAGGUUAACGCCAUCGUUGUGCACGGUAUUCUCUCCGGAAAUGCUAUCAACAACCUGAACGGCAGCUGUCUCAAGCGCAUCAUUGUCAGCAACACUGUCCCCCUGGGUGACAAGCAAGAGCAGUGCAAGAAGAUCAAGACCAUUGAUAUCAGUCCUACAUUGGCAGAGGCAUGCCGCCGUACACACAACGGCGAGUCGGUUAGCUUCUUGUUCUCGCACACCGUGGGGUAA